AUGGUUUUAAACAGCUUCUCGAAUUUAGCUUUUCUGACCUCAGUAUUAGUAAUCUCACUACACCUUCCUCAUCGAGCGCUCUCCUCCAGCCACGGUGGUUUUCUGCUGGAAGAUAAGGUGGCUCGGCCGCCAGCAGCAGGGAUGUGCGCCGCCGCUGCCGCCACAUUACAUGGCUAUAAAUGCCAAGAAUUCCAAGUAACGACUGAUGAUGGCUACAUAUUAAGCGUUCAAAGGAUCCCGGAGGGCCGGACAAGAGUCCGUCGCGGCCAUAUACGGCCGCCGGUUUUGCUGCAACACGGCAUUCUUGUUGAUGGGAUGACGUGGAUGCUGAAUACUCCUCAACAGUCGCUUGCCACUGUAUUAGCAGACAAUGGAUUUGAUGUAUGGAUUUCCAACACCAGAGGAACCCGGUUCAGCAGGCGACACCUCACCCUUGAUCCCACUGACCCGGAAUAUUGGAACUGGACAUGGGAUGAAUUGGUGACACAUGAAUUACCAUCAAUCAUUGGGUUUGUUUUCAAACAAACUGGUCACAAAAUCCACUACGUAGGCCAUUCUAUGGGAACAUUGAUAGCUUUGGCUUCACUAUCGAACCGAAAACUUCACAACGUUAAAUCGGCUGCCCUGUUAAGCCCCGUCGCUUACCUAACUCAUAUGAAAACUGAUCUUGGUAUUGUAGCAGCUAAUGUCUUUGUUGGUGAAAUCUUGACUACAAUGUUUGGGAUGGCAGAAUUCAAUCCAAAAGGAGAUGCAGUAGCUAUGUUUCUGAAUGCUUUGUGUGCUGGUUCUGGCCUCAACUGUUAUGACAUGUUAACUGUACUUACUGGAAAAAAUUGCUGUCUGAAUGCAUCUACUGUUCAUACUACCCUGAAGAAUGAACCCCAGCCCACCGCAACCAAGAACCUCGUUCAUUUUGCUCAAAGUGAGUUUAUUUACAUUAAAAAAAACAAAAAAAACUUAAUACUCUUUUUUUUCAAAAAUAAAAAUAAAAAUAAAAAUAAAUUACUGCAUUUGUUGAACUUGCAGCUUUUCGAUACGGAGUCCUGUCCAAAUUCGACUAUGGCAACGCUAAUUUUGAGCAUUACGGUGAAUCGACCCCACCUGUGUACAAUUUAUCGAAUAUCCGACGUGAUUUUCCACUCUUCUUAAGCUACGGUGGACAAGAUGCACUAUCUGAUGUUCAGGAUGUUGCGACGUUGCUCGAGAUACUAAAGCCGCACAAAAAAGACAAGCUUCAAGUUCAAUAUAUCAAACACUACGCGCAUGUCGAUUUCGUAUUGGGGACCACCGCCAAAGACAUUGUCUAUAAUCAAAUCAUAGCCUUUUUUAGAAGACACAAUAAAUAAAGUUUUCUAGUACGUAGAAGCUCUAGCACGAUUAACUUAUUAAUUAAUUCACUGAUUACUAGGAUAUUGAUUAGUUAGUUGCGUAAUUGAGUAUUAUUUACGUUU